AGAUAUUUCAUCAUGAGUGUGGACUGGAUUGGUGUCGCUUAUGGUGCAGUUGUGGGUCUUGGAGGUGCCGUAGGAUAUAUUCGCAAAGGCAGCAAAAUCUCUUUGGUUGCUGGCCUUGUCUUUGGAGUAUUGGCUAUCUAUGGAGCAUACUGUGUAACGCAUAAUCCCAAAGAUGUAAAAGUAUCAUUAUUCACAGCAUUUAUUCUGACCACUGUAAUGGGAGUAAGGUUUAAGAGGUCCAAGAGAUUAAUGCCAGCUGGAAUCCUAGCAGGUCUAAGCCUUCUGAUGAUUUUGAGACUGGUGUUUUUGCUGGUAUGAGACGAAAGAAGCAAGAAUCAGUAUUCGUUAUCAUUCCACGUGAACAAACUUUGUACUUUGAAUGUCUCCGCAGAAAUAUGCAGCGCUUUCUUUUGUUACUGAAUGAACAAAAGAGGUUGUUACUCAUAGAUAUUGGGCUUCAUUCUUCAGGCUAUAUUUCCUUAAUGAUAGUUUGGUAAUAUCACUGUGCUUGUUAAGGACAAGUGACUAGCUUGUCCAUUUAAACAUUAACUUUGGGGAAGGAGGGGGAGUAAAGAAAA